GGCGGGCUGUAUCGCCCGUCUGCCUCGCUCCGCGCCGGCCCGCGGCGGCUGCUGCUCCCUCCUGCCUCCCCCUGCGCUGCCGUGCCGGGGGAACCGGGCACCAUGAAGUAGCUUUUUUUUUUUUUUUUGGUGUGUCUGUGUUUGUGUGUUGUUGCCUUUUUUUUUUUUUUUUUUUUUUUUAGGUUUCAGAAGGUUUUUUCCCUUUUUCACCUUUUUUUUUCUUUCCUCCGCUGCGACUCGGUUCGAUUUUUCUCUGAUCGGUGAUUAUUAUUACUAUUAUUUUUUCCCUCCCCGGCGGUUCCUGUCCGUGCUACAUGACUUGCCAGCGCUCGAGACUGCGGUCCAACUGCGCUGCCGCUGCCGCCGCCGCCGCCGCCGGUGGUGCCGCCGCCGCCGCCUCGGCCACCGCCGCCGCUUCGGCCGCCGCCUCCGCCGCCGCCCCGCGCGCAGCUCCCUCAGCCGCCGCAACUUUCCCCCUCAGACUAGUGUGUGAUGUUGGACAUGGGAGAUAGGAAGGAAGUGAAAAUGCUGCCGAAAUCCUCCUUUAGCAUAAACAGCCUGGUGCCCGAAGCCGUCCAGAGCGACAACAACCACAGCAGCCACAGCCACCACAACAGCCACCACCCCCAUCACCACCACCAUCACCACCACCACCACCACCACCCGCCGCCGCAGCAGCCCCAGCGAGCGGCCGCAGCAGAGGAGGAGGACGAGGAGAAGGGGCAGCACCUCCUGCCGCCCCCCACGGCCGCCGCCUCCGGGGCCCUGGAGGUGGCCAAGGCGGACAUGCUGGCGGGCAAAGGCGAAGCGGGCGCGGCGGCGGCGGCGGAGCUGGAGGAGAAGGAGAAAGCGGCCGAGGAGAAGAAGGGGGCGGCGGAGGGGGCCAAGGACGGGGAGAGCGGGAAGGAGGGGGAGAAGAAGAACGGCAAGUACGAGAAGCCGCCGUUCAGCUACAACGCGCUCAUCAUGAUGGCCAUCCGGCAGAGCCCCGAGAAGCGCCUCACGCUCAAUGGCAUCUACGAGUUCAUCAUGAAGAACUUCCCCUACUACCGGGAGAACAAGCAGGGCUGGCAGAACUCCAUUCGGCACAACCUCUCGCUCAAUAAGUGCUUCGUCAAGGUGCCCCGCCACUACGACGACCCGGGCAAAGGGAACUACUGGAUGCUGGACCCCUCCAGCGACGACGUCUUCAUCGGGGGCACCACCGGCAAGCUCCGCCGGCGCUCCACCACCUCUCGGGCCAAGCUGGCCUUCAAGCGGGGCGCCCGGCUCACCUCUACCGGACUGACAUUCAUGGAUAGGGCAGGAUCCUUGUACUGGCCUAUGUCCCCCUUCCUCUCCCUGCACCACCCCCGGGCCAGCAGCACUUUGAGUUACAAUGGGACCACGUCCGCCUACCCCAGCCACCCCAUGCCCUACAGCUCAGUGUUGACUCAAAACUCCUUGGGAAACAACCACUCCUUUUCCACGUCUAAUGGGUUAAGUGUUGAUAGACUAGUCAAUGGAGAGAUACCUUAUGCCACUCAUCACCUCACAGCAGCAGCUCUGGCCGCCUCAGUGCCGUGUGGCUUGUCAGUUCCCUGCUCCGGCACCUAUUCCCUAAAUCCCUGCUCUGUAAAUCUCCUAGCAGGACAGACGAGUUACUUUUUCCCCCAUGUUCCUCACCCUUCAAUGACUUCUCAAAGCAGCACUUCAAUGACGGCCAGGGCAGCCUCCUCCUCCACGUCGCCACAGGCGCCCUCCACUCUCCCCUGUGAGUCCUUAAGACCUUCUUUGCCAAGUUUUACAACGGGACUUUCCGGAGGACUUUCUGAUUAUUUCACACAUCAAAAUCAGGGGUCUUCUUCAAACCCUUUAAUACAUUAACAUCCAUUGGAUCAGACUGUAAGUGAACAUUUUACACACAUUUGCAUUGUAAAUGAUAAUUAAAAGGAAAAAAAAAGCAAAACAAAAAAGUCCAGGUAUUUUUUAUUAAGUCCCCCAUUUUCUGUACGUUUGUUCAGUCUUUAGGGUUGUUUAUUAUUCCACCAAGGUGAGGAGUGUCAGCAAGGUGCAAUGUGGGGAGAUUGCAUUGUAGACUAUGAAGUUUGGAAGACAAAAUUAUAGUAGAAUGUGUAUCUAAAUAGUGACUGCUUUUGCAAUUUUUUUACUCAAAUAUGAUAAGUCUAUCACUAAAAGCCGCCCGAUUCUCCAUGUUUGCAGUAUUAUAAGUUAUCAUGGAAAUAUCGGUGGGUGCAGACCUUGAAAGAAAAAAAAAAGCCAAACCAAACCACUAAAUUUAUGAAAACUAUAAGAAAACCUUAAAACAUAAUUUGUAUUUAAGCAGAAUUAAUACUGAAAAAUGCCCAAGAUCUACUUUUGGCCAUUUAUUAUUUUAUUAUUUUCUUUACCGAAUUGCUUUUUUUUUUUUUUGUUCAUUUGUUUGUUUGUUUACUUUUAGACCAAAGAUUGGGUUUUAGAAAAUGCACUCAGUGUACGAAGUAAUUUAAAAAAACAGCAACAUUAUUUCAGUUUUCAGCACUGCCCGUUCAAAUUAAUCAGAAGGGGACAAAAUUAAUGAUUGCCUUCAGUUUGUGUUGUGUAUAUUUUGAUGUAUGUGGUCACUAACAGGUCACCUUUAUUUUUUUUCUAAAUGUAGUGAAAUGUUAAUACCUAUUGUACUUAUAGGUAAACCUUGCAAAUAUGUAACCUGUGUUGCGCAGAAGCCGCAUAAAUUUGAGUGAUUGUUAAUGUCGUCUUAAAAUUUCUUGAUUGUGAUACUGUGGUCAUAUGCCCGUGUUUGUCACUUACAAAAAUGUUUACUAUGAACACACAGAAAUAAAAAAAUAGGCUAAAUUCA